GCAUGCGUGCCUUCCGUGCUUGCCACGUGACGUCACUACGUCACUCAGGAAGCCCAACAACUGACUGGCUGGCUGGCUGGCUGGCUGGCAGUGGUUGGGAGGACAAAUGGAGUGGGGCUAAGAUUACUAAUUAAUACGAAAACAAAGGAAAAUGUUAACUUUUUUCCAAGUGCUGCUUCUAUGUGUUUGCGCACCGGUCUGCUGUGUGUUCCAGACGCUCUACUGCACCAUCGCGGACAGCUGCGACUGCGACUUCAGACCCAACGUCAGAGAUUUGGAGUGGGACCUGUACAAGAACAUCUAUGGCCAGCACCUGGCCCAGGAUAUGGUCUCCGAGGCGGUGGCCCGCUUCCUCGCCGACAAUGCACCUGAGAAACCGCUGGUGCUCUCGCUGCACGGCUCGUCGGGCACCGGCAAGACGCUGGUCAGUGGCAUGCUUGCGCGCCACCUGUACGGCUCAGCUAUGAGCAGCCGCUUCAUCCACCAGUUCAUCCCCACGCUGCAUUUCCCUGCCAAUGGACACAUAGAGCUGCAACGGGAACAGCUGAAGUCUUGGGUCCAGGGCAACGUGACUGAGUGCUCUCGCUCUGUCUUCAUCUUCGACGAGAUGGACAAAAUGGCGCCAGGCCUGGUUGACGUUCUGGAGCCUCUCCUGGGGUCCUCCCACGUGGUCUUCCGCACCAACUACCGAAAAGCCAUUUACGUAUUUGUCAGCACCGCAGGUGCAGAGGUAAUCAACAAGGCGGCCCUGGAACAGCGUGAGGCCGGGUUGGACCGAGAGGAGAUGACUUCGGCCGAGUUGCAGGACUCAAUCGCUCGGGCCGUCUACGACAACCCAACCAGUGGUCUCUUCAACUCGUCCAUCAUUCGUCAGAAGCUGGUGUCCGCCUUUGUGCCCUUCCUGCCGCUGUGCCGCCACCAUGUCGAGCAAUGCGUGCGGGCGCAGCUGUGCCAGCGCGGCGUAUGCGGGCGCGACGACGUGGCGCGAGCCGUGGCGGCUGACAUGACUUACGAGCCUUCGCCGGGGCACUACUUUUCCACCAGCGGAUGCAAAAGCGUGGCCGCCAAAAUCGACCUGUUCUUGUGAGGGGCCAGCAGGUACCGCAAUGGUUCGGAGCUGUUCUGUCUUCCCUGGCUUAUUCCCAUUUUUAUUUUUAUUUUAAAUAUGUCAGCAUCAAACCUCACAAACAGAACUACUAAAAGGGAAAGAGGACCUUUUUUUUUUUAGUAUUUUUUGUGAGAAAAUGUGACAGGACGCAGGAAGUCCAAAAUGCUUUCACGUGGACAACCAAAACGAUUGUUUUAAAAAGCAAAACAAAAUAUUUUUCACCAUUUUCCUUUCUUUUGGGGAGGCGUUUAUCCCUAUUCCUGCCAGCAAGUGGUGCUAAAGAGUGACUUCAUGAGAGUCAUGGAUGUGGUGGAACCUAUGCCAGCUGACUCAAUACGAAAGGAAGUAUACACCCUCAACUGGUCGCCAGCCAGUAGCAAGGCACAUACAGUGGUACUUCUACUUACGAAAUUAAUCCGUUACGGAAGUUGUUUCAUAACGUGAAUUUUUCACAAGGAGAAGCGCAUUUUGCAUGUUAGCGUAAUUUGUUCCAAGCCUUCUGAACACCCCCCUGCCAACCAUUCAAAGUACAUAAUGUAAAGAAUAAUUUUAAAAAAUUGCCUUUAUUAACCUUUGGCAUGGUGCGACCAUGCGAAGAGAAUGGUGAGUGUCAGGCAAAAGCCAUUGUGGGAAACGGAGAGGAGGCAAACGUUGUAUAGCUGAGAGAAAACAUACGUACGAACGUCCGCACGCCCGCAACUUAAUUCCACAAAAGUUUCUUUUGGCCUAUAGUGAGGAAUGAUGAAUACAUAAAGUUUCCAGUUUUCCAAUGUGCUUUAGCUUGCAGGGUUCACACUCACUCUGGCCAAAAAAAUGUAAGGGCUUUUUAGGGGCAUUCUUAGGGGCCGACACAAAAAAUUUAGGGCCAUCGUGGCAAAUCAAGAAUAAGGAAAAAAGACUCACCCAAUGGUGCCAUCAACCAUUAUUGGUUCCAUCAAAGGUUCUAGUACCUCAGUACCUGUCACAGUGAUCACCUGUCGCCCCUUGUGGUAGUUCUCAUUGAUAUGACAGUGGUAGCUUUUAGCAAUGUCACUGUCUGGAAACAUGACUACAAACACUUUUGAAUUAUUUUCACAAGAUUUGUAACUGUAAUGGCUGCAGAUCACUUUUAAAGUCCACACGAUCUCUGUCUUUAUCGAGUCCGCCUUCGUGUAUUGAACUACGUUCAUAGAGCCUGACUUCUGGCUGGUUGAAGUCGAUGACUGGACAACUGUAGGUGCGCAUGCACCGCCAGUACUGAUGCUUGGUUGAUCCCUACUACUGCCUGAAGUCGAUGCUUCACUAUCUUGAUAUUUUGACAGAAACAGAUUCAUUCUAAUGGAAGAUGAGACAGUCUUCGCCAAAUCAGCGUGUCUCCUGUUUUUCUGCUGCGUCUCCAGUGCUUUGACGCCCAUCUUUCCAAGCUGGUAACUCUGUUUGCACAGAUGACAAUAGAACAUGUGCCGAUCUUUUGGAUCUCGACGAACCCAGCUCCCAAACUCUUUACUUUCAUCCCAAGCAUCUUGAAAAAUGCACUUCCCAAUGAUACAAGUAUGCGGAUCGAUCAAAGAAUUACGCUAUGAAUACGAAGUGAAAUGCCUACUCGCAAAAACAAACAAUGGAAUAUCAACGACAAGAUGGCGACUAUAAGAAAAAAAUUGUGAACACAGUGUGACUUCCCGGCUGUUUUGGACGCCAGACGGAUCUCUUUUUUUUUUUAAAUAAAAGAUUUUUUUUUUUUAGGGUGAAUUUUGGCGGUAAAGGUACUCCCUUUUUUUUUUUUUUUUUUUUAAUUUAAGGCCUUUUUACGGGCUUAACCGUUUUUUUUCUGUGAAUUUUAAGGACUUUUAGGGGCCCCUAAACGGGCCCUCAUAAAUUUAGUGGUUUUUAGGGACCUUAUUUGGCUUGUGAUAGCACCAGUGUGAUUCGGGACAUUCGAGUGUCCAAGGGAAUCGAAAAGCAUCAUGGGUAAAGAUUGUCGUCCCUCCUAGCCAAUGGGAUGGCAGGAAGAUACUACGGCAAUAGCCAAUGGGAGAGCAGCUCUCGCGCCACACAAACCAAGUUACAGGAUGUUUACAUUUGGUGGAAUUUGGGGAAUCUAGUGUCUUUUUUUUUCCCCCUUCCUUUCAUAUACUGCAUUUCCUUCAUAACUAGAGACAAUAGUUUCCCGAGGAGGCGUUUCGUAACCUGAAUUUUGUUACUAGAGACAUUUGUAAGUAGAGGUACCACUGGAGAAACAAACAAUCUUUCACACACACACACACACAAACACAUUCACUCGAGGGUGAAUUUAGAAUUUUCAGUUAACCUACCAUGCAUGUUUUGAGAAUUUUGGAAGAAGUCGGAGUACCCGGAGAAAACCCACGCAGGCACAGGGAGAACAUGCCAACUCCACACAGGUGACGCUGUAUUUAAAUCCGGAUCCCCGGAACUUUGAGGCACACGUACCAGUACUCCACCGUGCUGGUAUAAUUCCUCUGAAACAUACAGUAUUACGUAGAAUGUGUAAUUUAAGUUAUGCAACUAAUAUGUCAAAUCUCAUCAUGUGAACACUUCAUUAGGUAAACGAUGUAAUGACGUCCAAUGCAAAAAAAAUAAUAAAUGUGCCUUUGCAAAGAUGAUAAUGUUCAAUUUUGAUAGUGUAUUGUACUGUAUGAUGAUAUCUAUUUUUUGGCCACCCUUUUUGGUGACAUGAGAGGGUCAGAAUAUUAACUACAGCUCAAAAGAAUUUUUCUGGUAGGCGAGGAGGGCGGAUUGGCGUGUUCGGGUGCAAGAUGACC